ACAUGUCACAGAGCAACCAAUCGGCUUCCAGUUUUAGCGGUCUCUCUGAAGAGCGGUUUGUUUUGGUAUUAUAGUAGGCGAUGGAUUUGCCUUCCUGAACAAUUUUCGAUGCUCUAAAUAUUGGAAGAAACAAGUGGAAGCCAUGUAUGGCUUCGUGAACCACGCUUUGGAACUUCUCGUCGUUCGAAAUUUCGGCGAGGCAAAAUGGGAGGAAAUUAAGAAAAAAGUUGAUCUUAACAUCGAAGGACAUUUCUUACAAAGAAUAGUUUACAACGACGACAUAACAUACUCGCUGGUUGGUGCGGCAAGCGAGGUGUUGGGGAUCGAACCCGCCACAAUACUGGAGAAGUUUGGGGAAUUGUUUUUCGACUUCUGCCAAGAGUCUGGCUAUGACCGAAUCCUUCAAGUUCUCGGAGGAACACUCCGUGAUUUCAUCUGCAAUUUAGAUGCCCUUCACGAUCACUUGGGUGCCAUUUACCCAGGAAUGGAAGCUCCUUCAUUUCGUGUUUCUGAUCGAGAAUCUGACGGCGCCCUUAUUUUGCAUUACUACUCAAAAAGAGAUGGUUUAGAGCCAAUUGUCGUUGGAAUUGUAAAAGCCGUAGCGCGCAAACUUCUCGAUACAGAGAUAAGUGUCGAAAUUUACAAAGAAAAAGAAAGUGAUGGAGAUCAUGUACAAUUUGUAAUCAAAGAAAUAGACCAACGUGACAACCGAUGUCAUCUCCAAGUGAAGCCCUUUGAUCCAAUCAGAGACUCAUUUCAUUUGUCAAACGAACCCAAGAUAUCCCCUGCAACAUUCUGUGCAGCAUUUCCAUUUCAUUUGAUGUUUGGUCGGGAUCUCAGAAUUACCCAAGCAGGCUCAGCAGUCAGGCGCAUUGUGGUAGAUUUAAAUGAAGACAGGCAUGUGGCAAUCACAGAUAUAUUUGAGCUUAUUCGACCACAGAUGAAUUUUGCUUUUGAUUCCAUAUUGGCUCAUAUCAACACUGUUUUUGUGUUAAAAUCUUUUCAAGGRAAAAUAAUWUCUCCUGGGAAUGACAACAAUGUCAACAACCACAUCAAUAACAGCAAUGACAACAAYAACAACAUGGACAACAACUUUGAAAACAACUUUAACGGCCAGGAAAAUGACCAGACCAAUCAAAGGCAUGACAGUGAUUUUAAUGAAGUGGUGUCUUUGCGACUCAAAGGACAAAUGGUUUACAUAGCUGAGUCUGAAAGUAUGCUGUUCYUGUGUUCUCCAAGUCUUGGCAACUUGGAUGACCUGCGUGCCCUUGGGUUGUACCUGAGUGACAUCCCUAUACAUGAUGCAACAAAAGAUCUGAUUCUUCUGUCUGAACAAUUCAAGGCUGAGUAUGCUCUCACACAGGAACUAGAGAUCCUCAAUGACAAGCUACGACAGACACACAAUGCACUUGCAGAAAAGAAACAGCUUACUGAUCAACUGCUGUAUUCUGUGCUACCCCCAUCUGUGGCCAAUGAACUGCGGCACAAGAGGCCCAUCCAAUCAGAGAAAGUUGAAGUGGURACAUUGCUCUUCAGUGGCAUUGUCGAUUUUGCAACAGUCUGCAAAAAUUCUAAACCAAUGGACAUUGUGCUACUSCUUAGCAAUAUUUACACCAAUUUUGACAUGCUGACAGAYCCUGCCAUCAAUGAUGUAUACAAGGUAGAAACAGUAGGAGACAAAUACAUGGCAGUCAGUGGUCUUCCUGAAAAGUGUAGUUGGCAYGCCAGAAGYGUCUGUAAAAUGGCUUUAGAYAUGAUAAGUGUCAUUCAGCAUAUCAAGCACAAAGGAGAAAAUGUUGAGAUAAGGAUUGGUAUCCACUCUGGUGAGGUUGUUGCUGGAGUUCUUGGACACAAGACCCCUCGUUAUUGUCUAUUUGGAAACACGGUGAAUCUGACAAGUCGCACAGAAACAACAGGUGCACCCAACAAAGUUAACAUCACAGAAUUUACACACAGAUGUCUUCAGGAGCCUGUAUGCCAUGACCCCAGUUUUGUGUUCGAAAAACGUGGUCCAGUGCACAUGAAAGGCCGAGUUGAACCAAUGAUAACGUAUUUCCUGACGAGAGACCCCAAGUAUGAACCUCGAAUACCUGUGAGCAACWUCGCAGAAAGCAAUACCUUCAACCAGUGGAAUACCCAAACAAAUUGUGCAGCGAGUUAUAGUGAACCCAAGGAGCAGAUCUCAAAUAACUCUUUAGGGAGGUGUCCCUUUGCUGUAUCAGAAGUUCCAACUUUCCGUAAAGUUACAGAAGUGUAGAAAUAACCACAUCUUUUCGCAUGAUGAGAAUUAUAACUGAUGUAUGGGGGCGAUUAUKCGCGGGAACUCGCUAGGUUGUAGUUGAUAAUUAAGCUAAAAUAUGAAUGCAACUUCGUAUUAUUUACUGACAAUCGUUGACAAAAUACCUUGGACCGUAGCGGUUUUUUUGUACAAUGUGUACAACUAUAUUCGUGUCUCUCAUACUUGUCCCCCCAUACCCCUUGAUCAAUGUUGCCAGUGACCUUGGAUGCUUUUGUCGUUUGGACAGUCGCAAAAAUGACUCACUUUGCGACCAUUUCCACGCAACAUUGCCUUUAUGGUGUCAAGGGGGAUGCAUUUCUUAAAUGGUGAUGCUAAAAGUAGCUAAGUUUAAAACUGUGGUCCAAGGUUUUUGGCAACGAUUGUAGAUCUCAAAGACUUCGUUAUUAUUGCUACUGCAACACAAUUUAAAUUGCKUUAUCGGUAGGUUAAGCCAUAUUUGAAAGCUGCAUAUUAUACGCUGACACGAAAUAUAAUCGGGUAAACGGACUAUCAGGUAUUAGACAAUGAGGCCGAGCCAAAAUAGAAAACUGUUUCUCAAAGAUAACAUCGGACGAAAGUGACGCGCCCACGAGCUUAAAGCUUGAAUGCAUAAACAUUUUGCAUGCGCAUCAGAAACGAUAAAGUUCAUAAAUUUUUAUUCAAAUUUUUCAUAAUACAAAUUCAUCGCCCAUGUGUAUUUAGGCCGGAAUAUUACGUAGUACUAUUUAUAUUCUGGGGCUAAUAUGGGGAAUCAGAUACGUUAUUAAUUAUAUGCAAAAAGAGUUACAGAGUGAUGAUAGUAGAUGUUGCAUCUUCAUGAAUAUACAAUGAAAUGAAUAAAGAUAAAAAUAUGUGAAA